UUGCAGAUUAUCACCGCGCCCUACGACCCGCGCUUUCCGAAUCGCAAUCAGGCUCGGCAUUGCUUUGUGCGCUUCAAUGAGUACUACAAGUGCAUCUACGAGCGUGGCGAGGACCACCCUCGCUGCCAGUUUUACCAGAAGGCUUACCAGUCUCUAUGCCCAAGCGAAUGGCUUGAGAGCUGGCAGGAGCUGCGGGAGAAGGGUCUGUGGACCGGC